AUGGAGUGGAAAGUUGGUGACAAAUGUUCUGCCAUUUGGUCAGAAGAUGGAUGCAUUUACCCAGCUACCAUUGCUUCAGUUGAUUUUAAGAGAGAAACCUGUGUUGUGGUUUACACUGGAUAUGGAAAUAGAGAGGAGCAAAAUCUGUCCGAUCUACUUUCCCCAACGUCUGAAGUAGCUAAUAAUAUAGAAAAGAAUGCUCAGGAGAAUGAAAAUGAAAGUCAAAUUUCAACAGAUGAAAGUGAGAACUCUUCCAGGUCUCCUGGAAAUAAACCAAAUAACAUCAAGUCAAAAGCUGCUCCAUGGAACUCUUUUCUCCCUCCACCACCCCCCAUGCCAGGAUCAGGAAUGGGACCAGGAAAGAUAAUUCCCCCACCACCUCCCAUAUGUUCAGAUUCUCUUGAUGAUGCUGAUGCUUUGGGAAGUAUGUUAAUCUCUUGGUACAUGAGUGGCUAUCAUACUGGUUACUAUAUGGUAAGUGAUCACUCAGCGUCUUUUCCUGACAAUCACUUUUGUGGUUCUGUGUUUUUGACUAAAGGAUGGUUUGUUAUGUUAGGCAGAUCCUAAGAUAGUUAAAAACUAUCCUAAAGUUUGAAAAAUACAA